AUGAGCCAGGUCAAAAACCUGAGAGCCAUGUUCGAAAACAAAGGCGACACUAGCCCGCCUGACAGAGGGAGAUCUCCGGGCAUGGCGUCCAGCAGGCAUAUUGGAGGCGCAAGCUCCAGUGGCUCACCGAGACCCCUCUCUAAGGUCCGCACGAACUUUGUUGCGAUUGAAAAAGAUGGCCGUAUGGGUUUAAGAAGGGACCACAGCGGCGAAUCCAGCUUGUCAAGAAGGCGAAUGAGCAUUGAAACGGCGGACACCGAAUCGAACUCCAAUUUACUUGAAAAGGCCAACACUGCAUCCUCAGACGACGUGGGUAAAUCCUGGCGACACAAUUUUGUCAACGAGGCCAUUCCAGAGUCACCCAGUUUGGCUCAUGAAGAUCAGCCUACAGUUUUUACAGGCACGGGCACGGAACCGAACAAGAGGCAAUUGGGAUCCAAAAGUAAACCAGACUCGUCCUCAAGCUUUCUUAACGAACAAGACGGGACAGAAAUUAUUGGGAAAGAGGCCAAACGCUCUCAGCUCCCCCAGAACGAGGGGUGUUCUUCCACCAAGAGAAAGAUGGCUACUACGCAACCGAGAAAGGUGAUCGGAGAUAGGUCUAUCACCAGACCGGAAUCAAAAACAACGAACAGGGGACCCUUGGCAAGCAAGUCAUCUGUUCAAAAGCUGCAGAAGUCUAGUGGUGGCAUGCCUUCAUCCACUAAAACGAGAUCAUCUAAGAUGCAAUUUGCCAAUUCCAAGGCUGAUAACGAGACAACUUUCGUCAAACCCAAACCGAAGUCCCCUACCAAGCCAGUUCACCUACCUUCCUCCCUCAUCGCACCGACAGCUUCUUCCGUAUCCAAGGUUCAUGGCCGACAGCCUCUGUCCCACGAUAUUGAAACCCAAAAGAAUCUGACUCGGGCCACCAACGAAACAAGUACGACGAAGUCUAGGGCCUUACAGACCUCUGUUACCAGACCGGGCUCCACUACGUCGAGAUCACGACCGAGCCUUGGACCACCCCCAACCAAGCAACACCAGCCUACCAGUAAUCAGCAAAGACAGAGCAACGUCGAUGAAAGGUUCCUAGCACGUAUGAUGCGACCAACACAGUCAUCUUCCUCCAAAGCUACUGACAAAGCCUUGUGUACGCCACCAAAAAAGACUGCUCAGAGAUCUGGUCCCCAUUUAACUCAACCCCUUCCAAGGUCGGGGAGCAGUAAAGGUCAUCACAGCAAAGGGACAUCAGGGCCGGUGUCAUCGAACCCAGCUUCUAGGCAGCAAAUUUCUCCUGCUGAAAAGCAAGGAUCUAUCAAAUCCGAGGACCAUAGUCUUAUCAUUCCGGCACAAAUAAUUCAUUCAAACAGCGCUUCACACAACGACCUAUCAAGGGGGUUGCCGGAUGACGAGUCCACUUUUGAUCCGUCUGCUGAGGACCUCCGCAUUAAGCAAGACUCGCUGCCAGUGCCACAGGAGCAAAACAAAUUGGAAGUGACAGCAGAGGGACAGUCGGAUGAAUCUCGCCUAACGAUGAACCAUGACAUCGUCCGGCUCGAUGGAGUGGGAGGGGAAGUUGCGGAUUCUGGUGUUUGCCACAAUGCGGCGGGAAUGACAACCCUUACUGUCAAUUGUCCGGAAGGAGACUCCACAAAUUGUAGCAUCGACGAGACCAAGGAACCGAGCGAAGGUCGGCUGGCAAAUGAGCAGCCAAAUGGCAGAGCGGAGCGGGUAGAGUAUAUGGAAGAGACGCCAAAAGAUGCUGAUCAGGUUUCACCCAAGGAAGAGAAGUUUGCGACGGCCGCUAAUUUGCAAAACAAUGCUCUUGUCGAAAUGGAUUAUGCCAAAAGCCUUGACGUUCAGGCAAGGAAGUCUCAACUUAACCUCAGGGAUCCGGAAGAACAAAGUGCGCAAGAAGAGAUGGAGAGUGACCUAAUCCACUGCGAACCAGAAGAUGCGGCUGCUUCAUUGCCGCAGAACAGCCAAUUUGAGACUGUAGUUGGCAACUUUGACAUUGCUGACCUGGUGGAAUCUGCCACCCACGACCCCGUCGGUACAGCACAAGCUGCUGUAGAAACAGAAGAGAGUAAAACACUUGAGAACGAGCCGCAACAAGUUGAGGCCCAUGAAUUCACGCCUUAA